UGAGCGUCAGCCUCACGCCGCACGCACAGAUAUAUAAGUGAGAUAUUAGGCUUUAAAAAAGUAGCGUUAUCGAUUCAUUCCGUUCUCAAUACAGUAAAUACCUUCAUUCAAACCCGACAAAAGUGCAUUUGCUAAAUGUACUUCAUACCCUCAUUUAGGUAUAAAAAGGUUGGACAUAAGUCUCACUCUCCGCAACUCAAGCACUAAAAAUACUCGGUUAGUAUUCCAAUAAUAUAUUAUCAUGAACGAAAUCAACGGCACCACCAUGGACACACCAUUCCCCGCUAACUACGACCGGGACACUAAUAUCUGGUACGUAGAGUUACAUCCCUAUCUGCUCCUUGUGGGUGGCUCACUAUUCAUCUUCUGGUUUGCGUUCGCUGGAAUAGCUAUACCACUCUUCCGGCUGUAUACUCACCUUCGACUGAAGUACUAUCCCAACCCCGAGGAUGCAGAUCGUCUCGCGGCCGGCACUACUCGAUACAUUCACUCUAAACAUUGGGGACUGACAACGUUCUGCUAUGUGACCGCUAUCAGCUGCAUCCUCGCACUGUAUAUUUCCGCUGCCUUCGAAUACGAUAACGAAUGGGUGUCGCCAUCGCAAUUCUUCAAUUUCAUCUGGUACAUCUGCCACUACUGGACCUGGCAUCCGGCGUUGAGACCUACAAUGUCUGUGUUCAUAUUCCUGUACUUUUUUGCAUUCAUCGACAUUCUGAUUCCCUCUCUAGCGGGAAUUGUAACAAUCGGACAGUGGACCGAUGAGAACUUGCAGUCCACGGCAAACAACCCCAUUACAGAUGCAGAGCGACAGCAUCUCACCAUCGGCGAAGCUCAUGAGUUCAACGAAAGUGGGGCCCGCGCGUCCAACACGUCGCUGGACAGUCCUCACAGUGUGAAAUUCAGCGGAAGUAUAGACAGUGCAACUGAAUUAGUACCCAUUGAGGAUGAGCUGGUGCAUGGGUUUAUAGUAGUGUGCCAUAAUAGUAGCAAAGAUAUCAUCCACACCAUCCGACCUAUCUUGCAACAUAUCGAGCCGUGGCAGCUGUUUUUAGCCGACAACGGAUCCACACAACUAGAGUGCGUUAAAACUCAGAAAGUCUGCGAUGAGGCAACCGCAGAGUUCAAAGAGGCUCAUCCGGACUAUGACGGGCCUCCUAUUAAUCUGAGUCACUUGAACAAAGGCAACAAAACUUGGGCUCAGUAUGCACUUGUGAAAGAGAUGUCCGAUUUCAGAAUCGAUGCAGUUCAGUCUGGUGGUGAAUUGUCGUCCUUGGCGAUCAAUUGUGUGACUCUUCUGGAUGACGACGUAAUAUGGCCAUCCACGUGGGCAUCCCAUAAGUGCGACAAGAUCUUUAAGGACAAAGCAACAGUAGCAAUCGCUUACCCCCUCUAUGCCGAAAAUGGAUCUGAUACUGUAUGGACUCGCUUCCAAGAGCACGAAUACCUGAUGGGAGAUGCAGGGGUUAACAGAUUUUUGCAAGAUACGAUGGGAACGAAUCUUUUCUGCAGUGGAGCGGCAGCUACAUGGCGUCUAGAGGUGCUGAUGGAAGUUUUACUCAGGCACGAUACUACCUUCAAUGGCGAGGACUUAGAGAUGGGCUAUAUUACACAUAGACUAUCUGGUCGUGAUAACAAACUAUUAGCGAAUGUUGCGUACCUCCCAACAUUUGAAGAGGACAAGCCAAACAAGGAAGGCGCAGUCAUUCGUAAUGAUCGCAGUCAGCAAAUGAUGGAGAAUAUAGAUCGAUAUAGCUCUGCAACCGAAGAUUUAAACUACGGCGAAGAUUCUAUGGGGUAUGCAGUCUCAAGCGAUUCCUCUGGUCGUAACUCACGGGCUUCGGUGGACUCUGGCGGAAACUUACACAGCUGUAUUUCGAACAUGAGCGCUGUUGGGGCUGACACACAACUGACAGAAGCCGAAUACAAGAGGAGAAGGCAACAUGUCCGCACCAUAAACCGUGCCGCAAAGCGAGGUCACAAGAUAGCUGUGAUGCGGGAUUGUUUCGUGCCAACUAUCGUUCCCUUCUGCUUUAUUCACUACUGGGACUUCAUGCCCAAUCCAACUGCCCGGAAGUAUUUUCCCAAUCGUAAGUGUAGUCGUGAUUGUGGCGAAGCAUCCCUUGUUGCCCAGCGCUUCCGUUCCUGGGAGGUAGGAAACCAUAGUUUCACGUGGCGCUUUGUCAAACUUUUAAUCUCACCCGGUGGCUUGACAAGCCGUGCGAAAUGGGUGGCCAGAUUGAUCACGUUCUGGAGAUUGAUAAGUAUCGCAAGAGAAUAUCUGUACAUCGGUGUUAUUCUGUAUACCGCGAUUUGGAUCCCCAGCUGGUUCGGCAGUAUGAUGAUAUUGACGAUAGACAUGACUAUCAUUUACUUAGGCUUCCUAUACACCGCCCAGAUGUACCUUAACUACGCCUGCCUACGAAAGCCCCACAUGCAGACAAGAACAGAGACGGCCAUUGCGUUCCCGUGGAUCUUCUCCUUGCCGUACCUCAUCCUCAUCCGACCUCUGUUUAUAGCCUAUUUCAUCUGCUAUUAUUUCUCCUUCGUGAGAUGGCCUACGGAAAUUCGUAAGGCAGUAGUACACGACGCUAAACUAAACAAGGAAAUCGGCCAGACAUGGAACCUAAGUAGAAGUAUGAGCGACUUUGUGCGAACACCCGGCGGUUCGCCUUACGGGGACCAAUCAGCCAACACUUCCAGCCAAUUGAGAAGUACCAUAUCCCACGAGUCGAUCUUCGCACCGAACAAUUCAGUGUAUGGACGGCAAAGUUCGGGACACAGAGACAGUAUGUUCGAUCCAUCGGGUGGGUACAGAUCCUCUAGUUCGUCUGGCUCCAAUUGGGAUCACAUGGAGGGCGUAUCUCCUCCUAUAUCUAGACCGACAUCAAACUUCUACAACAAACACUUCCGCGGGUUUAGGGGUUCGCAGAUGUCGGACUCGACAUCGAAUAACUCGAUGCAGCACUCGGCCAUCGUAUUUAAUGAGUCGAUCAGUGAAGACGGGGAGGACGGAUCCUAUUCAGACGCAGAGGUAUCUAGCGGAGGCAGGAUAUCACCAGACCGCAUCCUGACACAUGCCGCUGCACAUCAUGAUACGCUUAACCAGAUGGCCCGGUACGGCGAUCCAAGGGCGUCGCCUAGCAACGGAGUCAAUAACAACGGCUGCUAUAAAGUUUGUAGUAUAUAGUCAAUGCAGACAAAAGGGCUCAGCCAGCGCAAGCAGUGGCCAUGUGACAGUAUAUCAUACUAAUAUGAGGGGAUGAAGACAGUUAGAGGCGCAGUAAGUCAAUAAGGUCCAGCGCAAGAAUAGUGUAAGUGGCAGCAUAAUUUAUUACACUAUAAACGAAAUACAACGUG